GCUCCCAGCGGAAGAUGGCGGUGGGGAUGCUGUGCGGGGCUGGAUUUAAGAACAGGGUUUUUGCGCAGGAAGAACCGAGGCGGAAUGGAUAUAAAACUAAACAUGGACUCUCUCCCGCGUGAUACAGUCGAGCUGCGGACUCUUGGAUUGGUUUGAUUAGGCUCGCGUGCCUCUUUUGUGUCCGAAAUCCUUGGCUUGUUGUCGGGCAGUGUACACAGAUAGCUCGGCGCAUAGACAGACAGGGUGGGAGUGAGAGAACUGGACAAAAAUGUCGGAUACAAAGGUAAAAGUUGCGGUGAGAGUUCGGCCCAUGAACCGCAGGGAAAUUGAACUCAAUACAAAAUGUGUCGUCGACAUGGAGGACAACCAGACAGUUUUACACCCCCCAACAUCCAAUGGAAAAGGAGAAAACAGAAAACAACCCAAGGUGUUUGCCUUUGACCAUUGUUUCUGGUCAAUGGAUGAGUCCAAUGUUCCUAAAUAUGCUGGUCAAGAGGUCGUGUUCAAGUGCCUUGGAGAGGGUAUACUUGAGAAUGCAUUCCAAGGAUAUAAUGCCUGUAUUUUUGCCUAUGGACAAACAGGGUCAGGUAAAUCCUUUUCCAUGAUGGGGAACAGUGAGCAGCCCGGCCUCAUCCCCAGACUGUGCUGUUCGCUCUUCGAGAGGGUUCACAAAGAGGAGAACGAAUCCCAUAAUUUUAAAGUGGAGGUGUCUUACAUGGAAAUCUACAAUGAGAAAGUCCGUGACCUGUUGGAUCCCAAAGGGAGUAGGCAAUCACUGAAGGUUCGGGAGCACAAAGUUCUGGGACCAUAUGUGGAUGGCUUGUCACAGCUGGCUGUGACUAGUUUUGAGGACAUUGAGGUUUUGAUGUCUGAGGGGAAUAAGUCCCGGACUGUGGCUGCAACCAACAUGAAUGAAGAAAGCAGCCGAUCCCACGCAGUCUUCAGUAUUAUUGUCACUCAGACGCUCUAUGAUCUUCAGUCUGGGAACUCAGGGGAGAAGGUGAGCAAGAUGAGUUUGGUCGACCUUGCGGGCAGCGAGAGAGUGUCCAAGACCGGAGCUGCUGGAGAGAGGCUCAAAGAGGGCAGCAAUAUAAACAAAUCUCUUACUACCUUGGGAUGUGUGAUUUCUGCCCUGGCCGAUCAGUCCACUGGAAAGGGGAAGGCAAAGUUUGUGCCUUACAGAGACUCAGUGUUGACCUGGCUACUGAAGGACAAUCUUGGGGGCAAUAGUAAGACAGCCAUGAUAGCCACCGUGAGUCCAGCAGCCGAUAAUUAUGAGGAGACUCUGUCAACGUUACGUUACGCAGACCGGGCCAAGAGAAUCGUUAACCAUGCUGUGGUGAAUGAAGAUCCCAAUGCUAGAAUCAUCAGAGAACUCAGGGAGGAGGUGGAAAAGCUCAAGGUUCAGCUCUCCCAGGCAGAGUCCUUGAAAGCGCCUGAACUAAAAGAAAAACUGCAGGAGUCUGAGAAACUCAUUCUGGAUCUGACCGUGACAUGGGAAGAGAAAUUACGAAAGACAGAAGAGAUUGCAACUGAACGGCAGAAGCAGCUGGAAAGCAUGGGAAUCUCACUGGAAACAUCUGGGAUCAAAGUGGGCGAGGACAAGUCAUUUCUAGUCAAUCUCAAUGCGGAUCCUGCCCUGAACGAGCUCCUGGUCUACUAUCUGAAGGAGCACACACGUGUGGGUGCAGAUACAUCCCAGGAUAUCCAGCUCUUUGGGAUUGGGAUCCAGCCGGAGCACUGUGUUCUGGAGCUGUGCCCAGACGGUGAUGUCACCCUGAUGCCCAUCGAGAAUGCAAGGACUUGUGUAAAUGGAACUAUCACUGAGUCUUUGGUGCACCUGUGGCAUGGAGACCGAAUCUUAUGGGGCAACAACCACUUCUUCAGAAUAAAUCUUCCUAAACGAAAGCGCCGGGACCGUUUGAAAGACCUGGAAAGAGCGUCUCCACGAGAGAGUUUUAUUGAGGUUGAUGUGGAAACUGCCAGUGAGGCGUCUUCAGAGCAGGACUACAGCUAUGAGUUUGCUCAGAUGGAGGUUAUCAUGAAGACUCUGGGAAACAAUGACCCGAUGCAGAACGUGGUGCAGGUGCUGGAGAAGCAGUACCUAGAGGAGAAGAGGACUGCACUGGAAGAACAGAGGAUGAUGUACGAACGAGAGCUGGAGUCGCUACGGCAACAGUUGUCCCCCGAAAAAACACUGCAGCAACACCACCGCAGCAGCAGUGAGCGCCUCAUGUUCCCAACGUCUGCCCAGCACAGCAAGAUCCGCCUGUGGACUGAGGAGAGGGACGAGCUCUUUCGUCAAAGUCUCUCUCGGCUUCAAGAGCAGGUUGUGAAAGCCAACGCUUUGGUGCGAGAAGCAAACUUUCUGGCAGAAGAGAUGAAGAAACUGACAGACUACCAAGUCACCCUUCAAAUUCCUGCCACUAACCUUAGUGCUAAUCGCAAGCAUGGAGCCAUAGUAAGUGAACCAGCCAUUCAGGUGCGGAGGAAAGGGAAGGGAACCCAAGUGUGGACCAUUGAAAAGCUUGAGAAUAAACUGGUGGACAUGAGGGACCACUAUAGGGACUGGAAGGAUGGCACAGCAGAGAAGUGUAUUAAGCCAAAUAGCAAACACUGUGACCCAUUUUAUGAGGCCCAAGAGAAUCACAACCUGAUCGGAGUCGCCAACAUCUUCCUUGAGUGCCUUUUCCAUGACGUUAAACUGCAGUAUGCUGUGCCCAUUAUCAGUCAACAGGGAGAGGUAGCUGGUAGGCUCCACAUAGAAAUAAUGCGUGUCAGUGGAGCUUUACCAGAGCGCCUUUGUGGGGGAGAUGACUCUUCAGAAAACUCAAGUGAAAGUACCUGCUUUGAGGUCAUGGAUACAAAUGGGGAGAUUGUUCACAUGGCAAAGAGACUGACCUGUAGGAUAAGAAUUAGGGAGGCCACCGGUCUACCUUUCAACCUGUCGCACUUUGUAUUCUGUCAAUACACAUUUUGGGAACAAGGCGAGCCCACUGUGGCGCCUCCCAUGGUCAGUCCAGAUAGACACCAACCCAGAGGCCCCGAUGCUCAAUUCACAGUGCAAUUUGAUCACUCUAAGGACUUUGUGGUACAUGUCACCGAUGAGUUCCUGGAGUUCAUAUCUGAUGGUGCUUUAACCAUUGAAGUGUGGGGCCAUCGCUGUGCUGGGAAUGGACACUCACCCUGGGAGCUAGAAGGACUAGAGGCUAAAACCCAAACACUUAGAGACAGGUGGAGAGAAGUGUCUCGCAGGAUUGAGCUGUGGACAUCUAUUCAGGAGCUCAAUGAGCAGGGAGAGUACUCGUCUGUGGAGAUGCUCCCAGCUAAAGAUGUGAGCACUGGAGGGGUCUUCCAACUUCGACAGGGCCACUCUAGGAGGCUGCAGGUCUGUGUGAAACCAGUGCAGAACUCGGGGACUCUGCCUCUGCUCGUGGAGGCUGUGCUCUCUGUUUCCAUUGGCUGUGUGUCGGCGCGCUCCACCAGGCUGCAGAGACCCCUCGAUAGCUACCAGAGAGAGGCUGAAGACGAUAUGGAUAGUUAUCAGGAAGAAGACCUUAACUGUGUUCGCGAGCGGUGGUCUGAAGCUCUGAUCAAGCGAAGGGAAUAUCUGGAUGAACAAAUUAAGAAAAUAAUGAACAAACACGAAAAAUCAGAAGAGGAUGUUGAGCGUGAAGCCCGGUUGGUCGAGCAGUGGGUUGGUUUAACUGAAGAGAGAAAUGCUGUUCUGGUGCCUGCACCUGGGAGUGGUAUCCCUGGAGCUCCUGCUGACUGGGCCCCGCCUGCUGGAAUGGAAGGACAUAUUCCUGUUCUCUUCUUGGAUCUAAAUGCUGACAAUUUAACAAUAAAUGAACAGCUCUCUGGUCCACAUGCUGCUGGUGUCAACUCAAUUCUGCCUAAAGAGCAUGGAAGCCAGUUCUACUACCUCCCGAUCAUCAGGCACAGCGAUGACGAGGUGUUGGCUGUGUGCUCCUGGGACUCCUCCAUCCAUGACUCAGUGCAUCUGAACAGGGUCACGUCUCAAAACGAGCGCAUCUACCUGAUCAUCAAAGCCACUGUGCAGCUCAGCCACCCUGCCUCUAUGGAGCUGGUCCUCCGCAAGAGAAUAGCUGUCAACAUUUAUAACAAACAGAGUUUUACUCAAAGCCUUAAGCGUAGAAUGUCUUUGAGGAAUGCACUUUUCAGCUGUGGUGUGACCUACGAGAUUGUCUCAAACAUACCAAAGGCCUCAGAGGAGCCAGAGGAGAGGGAGACACUGGCUCUUAUGGCAGCACGUGGGGACAAUGAGGAGAGUCCAGACGGUGAAACGUACAUAGAGAAAUACACCAGGGGGAUUCUGGAGGUGGAGAACAUUCUGAGCCUUGAGAGGCUGCGACAGGCUGUAACUGUUAAGGAAGCUCUUGCCACCAAGGGGAGACAUUUACGAAGGAGUAUCAGCACACCAAACACAUCCUGUAGCAAAUCUGACCUCACUAUUUGUGGUGAUGAUGAAGAUUGUAAGGGACACCCUGAUUGUGUAGAGAGUUCUGACAUAACUCAGGAUGGCCUCUUUUGCACAACACCUGUUAAAGAGAAGGAUAGUCAAGGACAAAUUCCAGAGAGCCCCAGCUUCUUUAUUUCCAGCCCGUUUAAAGUUCUUUCUCCUCAGCCUAGUAAGUUCCUCAAGUCUCUGCUACCUGUCAAAGAAGAAACCAAAGUGAAGAAAUCACUAGAAUAUCGCCCUCUUUUAGGUCAAGAGAGCAUGCGCUCAUGUGUGGACAGCACUGCACAGCUCCACUGCCCCGGGCCCCGGCCACGGUCAGGCAGUGAGGGUCACUGCAAGUCUCCCACCUCAUCCAUCCCUCCCUCCAUUCCCAGCAGCACGCCGCAAACCACCUCUCAGGACUCCGAGGAUGACGAGACAGACGUUGACAUAAAGAAGUUGGACCAGGAGCCUCAGGAGCACUGCCAGAGUUACAUCCCAGAAGAUUUUGCAAACUUUGAUAUUUAUAAUGCCACUCUUGAGAGCCAAGAAGGACCCAUGUCUGGUAAUUUAGAUGUGAAAGAAACUCGAUGUGAAGGUGGAAGUGGAGAGAGACAAAUAUCACGAAGCCCCACGACCAGCAGCUGCACAAGCGGCUACUUCUCUCACAGUGCCUCAAAUGCUACACUGUCCGAUGUGCCUUUGAGCGCCAGUUCUGACCACCUGCACAGCUCCGGCGGCUGUGACACUGUGAGCACCUCUGGACAAACCUGCACCAUAAGUAAAAGUGUCUGUGCUAUAGGUGACACACAGCACCAGCCUCCUCAAACUGAAACAACACGUGACAAUCCCUCAAGUCAUUCUGCCUCCUCACCCAUGAGUAUUCCAAACUGCACAGACAAAGAGCAAGCAGUGCCUCCAAACUGUGUCCUCAGUGCCAGCCUGGAGUUCAGUGACUUUAAAGGAGCUGAUGACAGCCCUGGAGAAGGCUUAACACAAUUUACAGAGACAUGGGAAUCAGUGAAGGAGCCCAAUGUUAAUGUAAAAAACAGUGACAAAAUCAAGAAGAAACCUUGUAAUGUCCUGGAACACACAGAGAAGUCCUGCUCAGAAUUAAAUAUAUUGUAUUCCACAUCAGUAAGCAGUUCAGUAUCCUCCUUCAAAGGCCCCAUUCAAAGUCUAAUAGUGUCCUCUGCAACAGUCCCACCAUCUAAGCUGCAAAAAUCCUCCAUAGCUCCACCCUGUGGUCCACUUGGUGGAGGAGGACAGCCUCCGGUCUGUGAGCCUGCACAGGGGGACCUGCCUCAUGGGAGUCCCUGUCCCAGCCCAAACCCCAGCAGCGCAGAGCCCUCAGGAGAUUCCAGUGGAGAGGAGAGCUCCCCGGUCCAGUUGCCUGACUGGAUGGCCCCCGGAGAGCAGGUGUGGGUGGGGAAGAGGAGAGGAACAGUCCACUACGUCGGAGGGGUGGAAUUUGCCAAGGGGAUCUGGAUCGGCGUCAAGCUGGACUUGGCAGUUGGUAAGCACAAUGGGACUGUACAGGGCAGAGUUUACUUCCGGUGUCCCCCAGGCCACGGUGUUUUUGUGAAGCCCUCUCGUCUCAGCAGAGGACCCCCGUCCACAGAGUCAGAGCUCCACACUAUAAUCAGAUAGGACCAAAAGACAGAGACUGGCUUUUAGAUCAAGUAACAGCGACAUGAGUAAGCCUCCUAUCCUCUUUCACUCUUCUGAUGUUUGCUUUCUGAAGCUUACGUCGCUUGUGCUUUAUUGAAGUUAUAUUCAAGACUUUGUUCACAACAAAUACUAUGCACAUGCUUUAUAAGUUUUAUACCGCUAUAUUUUUAUAGCAAAUAUCAUUUUUCUCUUUGGGUGCUUAUGAACUAAGCAAUGAACUAAGUUUCCAGCAAUUUGGAGCAUUAUAAAAGUAUUUUUUAUAUAAAACCUGGAGACAUUUUGGGAAAUGUAAAAGAAUGUACUACUGCUUUUAAACAUUGCUAUAUUCAUCAACAUGAGAUAUCAGGGGCAACCAAAGAACUAUGGUUCUAUCUGCUGUUGUUUUGCUAUUGUACUAACAUGGAACUGUAUACUAAUCUGUGUAAAGCUUUGUGCCAUAUUGACAGGGGUAAUGCCACAUACCCUCAAAUAGGAUGAAUCUAAUGCCUGAAAAGUGUUCUGUGUUUGACUGCAGUUGUUAAAUAAUCCUAUGGAAGUACUGUAUUAUACUGUGGAUAGUGUAGUCCUUGUCCUUUUGAUGCUUGCACUGGAAAGAGUCAGCAGAAAGCUCUGUAACUGUCUCAUAAUAAUGAGCUGAGUGGAAGACAACAGGCCGUUGGGACCUUAUGUUACAAAUCACUUUAUUCUCAUUGAUUGAAUAAUAAGCCUGGAUAAUAUACUGAUACCUUAUAGCUGUGGCUUUAUAAAAACUGACAUUUGUGUCUUUGACUCCUCAGUUAGCACUGACAGUUCACUGAGCUUAUAACACUAAACUGUGGAUAUCCUGAAGUCCAAAGGUUUUUAUCUUUUGUCUCUCCAUCUAACUGAAUGACAGAAAUCAUGUGUAUGAUCAUGUCUUCUUUUUAUUUGUAAACAAACUAUUGUUAAAUGUAACAUGUUGAAGUGGUACGUAAACAUGCAAUAUUGCCCUUUAUUAGUAGGGUUUGAUCAAGUAUUUUAGAGAAAAGAAAAGAACAUAUUUUUAUGGAAGUGAUGAACUGUUGGGAAAAAAGACCUAUAUUCAAGUGUUUCAAGUAGGCUAAAUGUAAGUAACCCGAGACUUUAAUGAAGAAAGCUGCUCACCCUAAAAUGGGCUGUACAUGAUGUAUUUGAAGAUAAUAUUUACUAUAUUGUACAGGAUUGUAUUUAUAUUGUACCGAAAU